CAUCAUCACAGAGUUGUCAACCAAUACGUGACCAAGCUUAGAUUUCGAGCAACCACCAACACUACAUAGAACACCACACGGUAGGUACUUCGUACAAGUCCUCCUGGGUUGUGAAUCAUUCUGGCAGAGGAUCGAUUCGAGUCUGUCACAUACCGUAUUCCGAUCGGUACCUAAGGUGUGUCGGUUUGAUUUUUGCCCAUCAUUACAAAACAAAGCCUGUGGAUUUGAUUGAUACAAUAUGGAGAAAGCGCUGUUGCAAGAGAUGAUUCGCGAUCGCGAAAUCGCGAUACAGUUUCUAGAAAAGAAAAUCGCGGUUAAAGACGACAGAGCAGAGAGGCUGAAGCAGCUGCAGGUCGAAACAAACGAAUCGAAACUGAAGAAACGACAAGAGCAUCGAGCGGAGCUCAUGACACUGUGGAAGGAUUACGACGCCGUGCUGUGCCGAUACMAGGACGCGAAAGACUUACUGGACAUGAGACAAAAGCAACAACAGCAAAGCAACGACACGGACGGACAGCAGGAACAAAACCAGGGCGGAUCCGAUGCCGAGAUCUACAACGAAAUCAUGAACGACGUCGUGGAGCAAGUCGACAGGGAUCUAGCCAAUGGUGGCGCGGCCGAUAGUUCCAGCAGCUACGUCGUAAGGAUGCAGUCGGAAUUGUGCAAGGCCAUGCACGGGAUGGGGAUCAUGGAAACCCAGCGCCAAAUGACAAAGGGGCAAAUGGAGCUGGCUCAGAAGAAAGCCAAGGAUGUUUUCCCGGAGAUACGCGAAGAAAAAUCCCACGUGGAGCUAAAAAUGGUAAAUUCUCUGAUCCUUGCCGCCGAUGAAAAACGAGAGGUAGAAGGCAAAUCACGCCAACAGCACGAAAUCUUCUACAAAGAAAAGAACGAUUUGAUGGAGAAGAUCGAACGCCAAAUAGACGAAGCGAUCAACAACGCCGAGGGCAACGAUGGCAACAAUACCGAAAACGACGCGGAGGAAGAAGAGGCAAAGGAAGAGCUGCAGGGAAUCUUGCAAGAGGGAAGGGCAGAGAUGGAACGAAUCGAGAAGCUGAUCAAAGAAAAACAGGCAAAAGUGGAGGAAUUGAAAAUAAGCGCGGCGAUGGCCCAGGGACAAGACGUUGUCGAUGAUAUAGUGACGAGCAUAGCAGAAGAAUUUGCGGACGGAAACGAAAGUGGCGACGAAGGCAGCGAAUACUAGUUCAAGAAACGAAGAGUAUAGCGUCAAACAGUAUUGAAUGGUGAACCAGGAGCGUCUAUUUCUAGUACAUUUGGCGAAGCUGAUAUCGGGAUCCAUGUCCGUAUCCUACCGCAUCGCAUUACUGACGAUAGAGAACAUUAAAAUUAUGCGAUACCAUCGAUUAAGAACAAAUUGGAUAAGAAAGACACGACUUUGCG